AUGCGCCAGAGAGUUGCAACAAGGCACCGGCAACCUGAGAAGAGAAACCGGGAUGCCGUAGCAAGGCCUGAGCACACGGCAGCAACGCGUGAGCUCACUGCAGCAACGCGUGAGCUCACUGCAGCAACGCGUGAGCUCACUGCAGCAACGCGUGAGCUCACUGCAGCAACGCGUGAGCUCACUGCAGCAACGCGUGAGCUCACUGCAGCAACGCGUGAGCUCACUGCAGCAACGCGAGAGCUCACUGCAGCAACGCGUGAGCUCACUGCAGCAACGCGUGAGCUCACUACAGCAACGCGUGAGCUCACUGCAGCAACGCGUGAGCUCACUGCAGCAACGCGUGAGCUCACUGCAGCAACGCGUGAGCUCACUGCAGCAACGCGUGAGCUCAUUGCAGCAACGCGUGAGCUCACUGCAGCAACGCGUGAGCUCACUGCAGCAACGCGUGAGCUCACUGCAGCAACGCGUGAGCUCACUGCAGCAACGCGUGAGCUCACUGCAGCAACGCGUGAGCUCACUGCAGCAACGCGUGAGCUCACUGCAGCAACGCGAGAGCUCUCUGCAGCAACGCGUGAGCUCACUGCAGCAACGCGUGAGCUCACUGCAGCAACGCGUGAGCUCACUGCAGCAACGCGUGAGCUCACUGCAGCAACGCGUGAGCUCACUGUAGCAACGCAUGAGCUCACUGCAGCAACGCGUGAGCUCACUGCAGCAACGCGUGAGCUCACCGCAGCAACACGUGAGCUCACCGCAGCAACGCGUGAGCUCACCGCAGCAACGCGUGAGCUCACCGCAGCAACGCGUGAGCUCACCGCAGCAACGCGUGAGCUCACGGCAGCAACGCGUGAGCUCACUGCAGCAACGCGAGCAACAUAG